AUGUCUUUGAUGCAACCCAUCAAGAAGUAUCCACCGCCCCCGUUUCUCUCGGUUGCGCCGCCGCGCCAUCGGCUGCCCUUGCGCCGCCGCGCCAUAGCCAGCGAUCGCCGGCGACCUCGCGCCGGCCUCCGGCACCCUCUUUCUCUUCUCCUCCCCCACCGUCCUUGCCUGUCCGACCUUGUCCAGAGAUGGCGGCACCGCCGCGGGCCCCUUCGCCGGCGCGCGCGCUCGCCUACGGGUGAACGCGCCGCCGUCGAGCGGCCUCACGACGGCUCCCGACCGGAGCAUGGCUCGGCCCGACAAACACGGCGGCGCCUUUUGCCCCCUUUGCUCUCCUCCUCUUCGACCCGGCAUGGCGGCGUCCCGCGGCGGCCGACGUCGGCCACCUUUGGGUGCGCACCGGCGGUGAAGACGGAGGGACGACCGAGCGGCGUCAGCGACGACCGACGGCGGCGAUGGAGGGUACCAGGUCUAAAGAGUCUUCGCCUCAUCUCUUGUAAUGAUGUCUCCAAUGAAGGAUUUGGAGAAGCAAUAAAGAGGUUCCCUCUGCUUGAGGAGCUGGAGCUUUCACUUUGUGAAAAUGUUUUUGGGCAUGAUGUAUUUGAGACUGUUGGGAGAGCAUGCCCGCAGCUGAAGCGCUUCAGACUGAGCGAAUGUGGCUUCUACAGCAUGGAAGAAUAUGAGGACAUCAACGAUGAUGAAGCCAUGGGGAUAGCAUCUAUGACUCAGCUACGCUCCCUCCAGAUUUUCGGUAAUAGCCUCACCAACGCAGGAUUGGAAGACAUCCUUGACAAUUGCCCUCACCUUGAAUCCCUUGACAUACGCCACUGCUUCAACGUCUUCAUGGAUGACACCCUGCAAGCAAAGUGCGCCAGGAUCAAAGCACUCAGGCUUCCUGAUGACUCAACCGAUGACUACGAAUUUCAGAUUGCAAGCCCUGUCUGGGAUGAUUCAGGCAAUUCUUCUGAUGCGAGUGAUGAUCGCAAGGUUCCAAGCCCGGUUUUGGAGGAGUUAGGCAGUUCUUCUGGUGACAUGGAUCAUGAUGAUUACCAGGUUCCCUGUAUUGAGUGUGCUAUAUACUCGGAGGAGAAUGAAUGCCUUGAUGAUGAUAUCAACGAGGAAGAGCUUGAUGAAGAAGGCAGGAUGGUCCUCAAUGCCUUGCGUGCGCUCCUGAUGUGAAUUCCAUCGGCUUGCUGGACCUAGGAAGUUUAAGUGAUUAGAUGCUAUUGUUUUAGCUCAAGUCUCUGCAAGCUCGUGUUAGAGUUUCCAUGUUCCUCAUGUGGUAGUUUGAACCAAUGUUGUCUGAUCGGCCGAUCGGACCUGAUCGCCAUGGCACCGAUCAGGUCGAUCAGGACGAUUAAUCGUCGAUCAGCCCGAUUAAUCGAGGCUGAUCGGUACAGUAGUGCGGUAUAUUUACUGGACCAUAAUAAUAUUUAGUGUGCACCAUAAUAUGCAACAAUAGUGAUAUUAUUUGAGGGUUAGAUGGUACUUACCUUUGAGACCUUUGAGGGAAAGAAACCCUACAAAUAAUGGGCCGACCCAACUAGAAUUCUAAGUGACAAGAUUUUCCAGGCAAACAUCCUGAUCGGCCUGAUCGUUUGGACCAGCUGAUCGGCCGAUUGAUCGUCCCCGACCUAAUCGUUUAGAAUGUCCUGAUCAAGAUUAGGGGACCAAUCAGCCCGAUUAAUCGUGAUUAAUCGUGAUUAAUUCGACGAUCAGAUAACAUUGGUUUGAACCUAGAUAUGAUAUACGUACAUAUAUAGCACUCCAGCACCAGAAGUCUUUUAGUACUAUUGCUUCUGUGAAGCGUAAUGCUUAGACAAUAUAUACUCAACUACUCAGCUUGACUAUUAUUAGAGAGCAAGUUCAAUAGUAUAGCCAACUAUUAGCUUCAAUUUAUCUAUAGUCAAUCUAAUACCUAAUUUAUACAAUAGUUACCUAUAAAACAUUAGUAUAUGGUCUCAGAUGUCAUACAUACACUAUGUUUUGGAGUCUGUGUGUAGCUGGUUAUAAAUUAAUAGCA